AUGCUUUCCUCCGGAUUCGCAGGAGCUCCAGUCUCUCGCAGCCUUACAUAUGGCAUUGUCGCAGCUUCGAUACUUGCUAGCAUCACAGAUGUAAAGCAUUACUUCUACAUACAAGUUGAUCCUCAUCUGUGGCGGUAUCAUCAACUAUGGCGGAUACUCACCUAUCAAUUUUGUUACACGAAUUCGACAGAAGUACUCUUUGCGGCAAUUACCUUAUACCAUAUGAGAGUUGCUGAAAGACUUUGGGGGUCGCGGAAAUACGCAUCCUUCAUCCUUCUGACAUACUGUCUCACUGCGUUUAUACCACCUUUCCUCCUUGCAGUAGUACUUCGACCAUUAUCAUUCAACAAGUUAAACUACCUCCCCGCGGGUCCAACACCCCUCAUAUUCGCGAUACUCGCACAUUAUCAUGCCAUCAUUCCACAUAUCUACAAAUACCGAAUAGCAGCAUCGGCUGCCCCGCCUACGAAUGAACCCUUCGUAGGCCUUACAUUUUCCGACAAAUCAUACACAUAUCUUCCAGCGGCACAACUUGCUCUAUCACAGUUCCCGGGGUCACUUUUGUGCGCAGCUGUAGGAUGGGUUGUUGGGUACUCGUGGAGAAAUGAAGUGCUACCAGGCGCGGUCAUGCGUUGGCGUAUUCCGGGAUGGAUGGUCGGAGUACAGACUAAGAAGCGGGAGGAGGAUUUUGAAGUCUUGAGGAGGCGGUUGGAAAGUGAGAAUUCGAGUGCUACGGCAGCCACAGGCUCAGAUGGUCGGACUGGUGGAGAUAUUGGUAGGAGAAGGACUCUAGGAAGGCAACUGGUGGACCAAUUUCGGGGCGCCUUUUAA